AGGGUUUUAGAAGCAGUAGUCUCCAAACCCAAGCUAAGUUGUACCCUGUUGCUCUUCGGUUGUACGUUCAAAAAAUUCAUCAACGAUGGACAAAAGUAUGCUUGGAGAUUUGGACGCUCUUCCUGAGGCAGACAAGCUCCGAAUGUCUUCCAUGAUCGACCAGCUCCAAAUCCGCGACAGUUUAAGGAUGUAUAAUACACUGGUGGAGAGAUGUUUCACCGACUGUGUAGACACAUUCCGGCGCAAAACUCUUGAUAAGCAAGAAGAGACUUGUGUUCGCAGAUGUGCAGAGAAGUUCUUGAAGCACUCUAUGCGCGUCGGCAUGAGAUUUGCAGAGCUGAACCAAGGUGCUGCCACACAAGACUAAGAUGGCCCUCACAGCCCAUUUCCUCUGAAGUCGAGAGGAUUCCCUUUUAGUUUUUGAAGAUUUGUUUUUUUGUUAGGACUUGCUACUGUUGCUACUUUGUUUGGACGCAAUAACAUAAGGUCUCAUUUCCCUUAAUGAGGCUGUCACACACUCCCGCGGCAUAUUCUUUUCAAGUUUGGUUAUGUCAAAUAUUCUUAUAGUACUAUAAAAUUAUCUUUUGGUUUUUGGCAUCA